AUGUCUUCAUUCCUGUUCAUUGACAAUAUAAAAGAUCCCGUUCGUCGUUAUAUUUUCAUUUUAAGCCAACGCCCUCCACACACACACACACACACACACACACACUCACACACAAAUGAUAUCAUAUAUAAUGCGCGAACCAACCUUUGUCUGAAGGUGCAGACUCUGCACAAACUCCACAUUCCUACCUCUCCAAUAUGUGCAGCCAUCAGACGUAAAAACGUGAGAGUAAGCAACGCAUUCACAAUCGUCCCAGCAAUUCUCUCGACAGUCACUUGGGCCAAGGCUCGCAUUACUGUCAUGAACAGAUUGAGGACUAUUGAAUCCCGAAAAAAGUCCAGUCCUACGGGUAAACGUCUGGCGUUUGUUCCUGCAAGUGGGCUGUUCCCACACUUGGCACCCUGUCUGAAGAACAGACCUCUUGGAUUCAUAACCAUAGCAGAGACUGGACAUCACCAAAUAACCCCGGCCAAUGUCGCUUAUAUCCCCAUUAUAAUCCAUCCUCCAUCCUGA